AUGUCCUUCUUCAAGAGAAAGUCAAAGAGCCCAUCUCCGUCUGCACAGCCAUCAAAUAUCGAUACAUAUGUACCACCUCCUCCCAUUCCAAUAGAACUUGAUGGCUAUUCACAAACAACAAAGAACAGGCUCAUGUCGACGGAGCUCGCAGAGGAUAUUAGGAACAUCCUGCCAAUGAGGUACCAGGUACGGACAAACUGGCAUCUGGUUUACUCGUUGGAGCAGCACGGUGCAAGUUUGCACACGUUGUAUCGAAUGAUGAAGCCGCUAACAAGAUACGAUAAGAAUGGGUAUAUCCUUGUGAUUAGGGACUUGAAAAAUUCACAGUUCGGCUGUUUUGUGAAUGAAUAUCUACAUCCAACAGAUCUGAGGAGGUUCUAUGGUAAUGGUGAAUGUUUCCUAUGGAAAUCAAAGAGACAGGGUGAUGACGUGGCUGAAGAAAUGGGAGGGGAGGCGAAUCAUAUUCAGUUUAAGGCAUUCCCUUACACAGGGCUAAACGACUUCAUCAUCUAUUGCACCUCUGAAUUCUUAAGCCUCGGUGGUGGUGAUGGUCACUAUGGAUUGUGUUCAACAUCAUUGGACUAGAAGUUUGGAGAGUUGGUUAACCAGCAACACUAUAUACGUAUCUCAUUGUCAUUGUCAUUGUUAUUGACAUCUUCAUCGUCUAACAG